AUGAAGGAGAAUUUAGAAGAACGCCUGAAAAUUAUAGAAAAAGAAUUAACUGGUGUUGGAAAGGAAAAUUUGGAAAACAUACGGGGCGUUUUCGAAAACCCUCAAGAAAUCAGUGAGAUUGAACGUGAACAAAUUGUUGUGGAACGUUCGGAAGCUGAUAAAAAACGAGUGCAGAAGACAUUUGCUCAGGUUUUCUUCUAUUAA